CUCUCUUCACCCUUUCUCUCACUUCUGUGUCUGCCCAAAUUGCCAUUUCUGAGUGUGUCAGCUUCACCUUUGGGUGGAGUUAAACAGGGAUCACAAUAAUCUCCUCCAUUAUUGUCAUCUUGACAUCGACUCUUCUCUCUCUCUCUCCUCCUUCUCUCUCUAUAUUACCCAUUUCGCCUCCACCCUUCCGCUUCUUCUCUUCCCCCUUUCUCCCCCUCCACGCUCCAGUUUGUAUCACUCCAACUCCAAUCUCAAUCUCCUGGACCCAUGUAUCAAAUCUGAAUCUUUGCUCUCUGUUUCCAAUCUCCAAUCGAAUCUUUGACUCCCGGUCUUCGAAUCCUCUUCUGGGUCUUUUCCUCGCGUCCCUCUCGCUCGAGUGAGAAGGUUUUUCCAGCUCGUUCCUCAAGCAAAGACCCUUUGCGACCAGCUAGCUACAUUGAGCUUUGGGGUUGACCAUCGUCCGCCGUCCACGAUCGAUCCGGAACGAAGUCAUGAGCUUGGGGUCUUGGUAAUUUCCACGUGGGGGUGGGGUGGGGUGGGGUGGGGGAGGUCAUGGAUCCGAGUAAAUCGCGCGACUCGGCCGAGUCGACUCGCGUGAUACAGUUCCCGAACGAUGUCCUGGAGCGGAUUCUCUCCCUCAUAGACUCGCACCGGGACCGGAGCGCCGUCUCCCUCGUGUCCAAGGCCUGGUACAACGCCGAGCGGUGGACGCGGCGGCACGUCUUCAUCGGCAACUGCUACGCCGUGUCGCCGCAGAUCGUGGCCCGCCGGUUCCCCAACAUCCGCAGCGUCACGCUCAAGGGGAAGCCCCGGUUCUCCGACUUCAACCUCGUGCCGCCGAACUGGGGGGCAGAAGUGCACGCGUGGCUCGCGGUGUUCGCGGAUCAGUAUCCGCUGCUUGAGGAGCUGAGGCUCAAGAGGAUGACCGUGACGGACGAGAGCUUGAAGUUCUUGGCUCGCAAGUUCCAGAAGUUCAGGGCGCUCUCGCUCCUAAGCUGCGAUGGCUUCAGUACGAAUGGUCUCGAGGCAAUCGCAACUGACUGCAGACAUUUGACUGAGCUGGAUAUACAAGAGAAUGGCAUUGAUGAUAUCAGUGGCAACUGGUUAAGUUGCUUCCCCGAAAACUUCACAUCAUUGGAGGUGCUGAACUUUGCAAGUCUGAGUAGUGACGUGAAUUUUGAUGCUCUUGAGAGGCUCGUAAGUCAGUGUAAGUCACUGAAGAUUUUGAAGGUUAAUAAAAAUAUUACGCUAGAACAAUUACAGAGGCUGCUUGUCCGUGCGCCUCAAUUGACCGAGCUUGGUACUGGUUCGUUUUUACAAGAGCUUACUGCUCACCAGUAUGAGGAACUUGAAAGAGCUUUCAUUGGUUGCAAGAAUCUGCAUGCUCUCUCUGGCUCAUGGGAAGCUACGACACUAUAUCUACCAGUUCUUUACCCAGCCUGUACAAAUUUGACUUUUCUGAAUUUAAGUUAUGCUGCUUUGCCAAGUGAAGAACUUGCUAAGCUUGUUGCCCACUGUCCACAUCUUCAGCGUCUCUGGGUACUUGACACCAUUGAAGAUGUAGGGCUUCAGGCUGUUGCCUCGAAUUGUCCCCUUUUAGAGGAGCUUCGAGUCUUCCCAGCUGAUCCUUAUGACCAGGACAUUAAUCGGGGUGUGACUGAAUCAGGUUUUCUUGCUGUGUCGCUUGGCUGCCGCAAGCUCCACUAUGUCCUAUACUUUUGCCGUCAGAUGACAAAUGCUGCUGUAGCCAGAAUUGUGCAGAAUUGCCCUGGUUUUACCCACUUUCGUCUUUGCAUAAUGAAGCCCGGGCAACCUGAUUACGUAACAAAUGAACCUAUGGACGAAGGUUUUGGUGCAGUUGUGAAGACUUGCACGAAUCUCCGAAGGCUCGGGGUUUCUGGUCUUUUGACUGACUUGACAUUCGAGUAUAUCGGAAGAUAUGCUAAGAACUUGGAAACGCUGUCGGUGGCUUUUGCUGGGGGUAGUGAUCGCGGAAUGCAGUGUAUACUGGAUGGUUGCCCAAAGUUGAGGAAACUUGAAAUAAGGGAUAGUCCAUUUGGUAACGGAGCUCUUCUUUCGGGCCUGGAGAAGUACGAGUCAAUGAGAUCUUUGUGGAUGUCUGCUUGCAAAGUGACGCUAAAUGGUUGUAAGAUGUUGGCUAGGCAAAGGCCACGGUUGAAUGUUGAGGUAAUGAAGGAUGAGGAUAUGGAUGAUGGCCAGUCUUAUAAAGUUUAUGUUUACCGUACUGUUGCUGGACCAAGGACAGAUGCUCCAUCUUUUGUCCAUACUCUAUGAAGUUGAUAAUUAGAGGAAGCUGGUGCCAGGAUUCUGGAACUUUGGAGGGCAGCCUGUGUUGUGCAAAGUUGGCACUCGUGCUAAUGCUGUAGCUGGGGGGAUGGGACAGAACUCGCGUUCCUGUUGCCUCGAACUGUUUCACAAGGCUGCCGCCUGAGGUGCUCAAUUUGUUGUGGCAAGACGCCUUGAAAUUUAACUUCUUGUAGACUCGUGAAAUUUCCUUCCUUUUAUUGUAUUUCCUACCGAGUGUCAUUUAACUCUUGUUGAUGUAAACUCUGCUGUUUAGUAAUGAAAUUAUUUCUUCCUCUUACCAAAAAAAGCCGCAGCUCA